AUGUCGGGUCCUUCUACUUCCAACGAAAGAUCCACUGGCCACGGUCAAGGUUUAGCUCCUCACCAGCAACAGCAUUUGCAACAACAGCACCUUCACCACGCGUCCCAGUUGGACCACACCACCGCCGCCGCUAUUGCGUUGGGUCACGAAAUUCCCAACCCGGUGAUGGCUCAUACAGACGAGGAAGCUCGUUACAUGGGUCUUAAUGCAGCAGCGGCUGCUCAGUUGCAACAACAGCAGCAGUUGCAACAGCAGCAAUUGCACCACCAGCAUCAAUUGCAUCACCAGCACCACCCUCAGCUUCACCAGAUGCACCCAUUGCAGCAGCAGCACCAUAUUCCUCAACACCAUUUGCAACAGCAGCAACACAUGCAGCAGCACCAGUUUCCUACGGCGCUGAUAGAGUUUGAAGGAAAUGGGUUUCUCGUGUCAAGACACGGAGAAGGUGACAUCAUCAAGACCUUCUCGUCGAAGCAGGAACUUGUCAAGUAUGUGAAGACUGUGUUGAACGAGGAGGAGCAGUGUAAAAUUGUCAUCAACUCUUCCAAGCCAAAGGCUGUGUACUUCCAGUGUGAACGUUCUGGUUCCUUCAGAACUACCGUUAAAGAUGCAAGCAAGAGACAGAGAGUUGCGUACACUAAGAGAUCCAAGUGUGGAUACAGAUUGGUUGCCAACUUAUACCCUCCUGACAAAGAUAAGGCAAAGAAAAUGAAGAAGGAGGCUGAAUUUGAAGGUUACCCUGGGGAGGACGACAAGAAAGACCUGGAAAUGUGGAUUUUGAGAAUGAUUCACCCAGCUCACAAUCAUCCUCCUGAGCCAAACUUCACCACAGGUGGCGGCGGAAAAAAGAAGAGAGCUAAAUACACCAGAACUUUGGUCGAAAAGCCGUUGAACCGUACUACCAACGGUACCGCUGCCGCUGUGGCUGCCGUGGCAGGUUACCCUGAUGCUCUGCUUCACGACCACCAGCUUCUCCAGCAGCAGCACUACCUUCAACAGCAACAGCAGCAGCAGCUUCACCAUCUUCAACAGCAACAGCACCAUGCUCACCAUGGCCAGCACCAUCACGAUGAUGGCAACCACCCAUCUGUUCAGGAUGUGGCGGUCAUUGCUGCUAUGGAAGCUGCCCCAGGUAACCACAGCUUGCUGAACCCACCCGUGGACCCCAACAUUGACAGUGUAGAUCCAAAUGUGGACCCCAGUGUUCAACAACAUGAUCAUGCCCAUGGUCAUGUGCACUAA